UUUGUUAGGACAGUGCCUUGACCCUGGAGGGAGAUUUCCCGUUUUACGGUAGACCGCGAUCACUCUCACCAGGUUCUUAAGCGUCGGGCUGCAAAGGAGGUGUGAUGAACAAGGGCAGGCUUUUCAACUCUACCCAUCCGUGGGUGGAGCCCCUCAAGGCAAAGGGAUUGGUCCAGGGGUUCCCCUGCUCGGGGAAGGGCAUGUGCGGCAAGGUGAUCGGGGGCAAGGAGGACCCGCUGACCUACAAGAUCCCGCCGCUGGUGAACAGGGCGCUGAAGCUGGGCACGGCCGAGGAUGUGGCUUCCAUGCAGGAGUUCUCAGAGAAGCUCACCUUCAUCGCCCAGCCAGUGUGUGAAGGAAAACAAGAAUUCACCCCAACCUGUGCCGAACGCCCCUUCAUCGGCUCCCCCAACUGCCUGAACUACAGGACCUCUGUAGAACACAGCAAUGUGGACUGCAGGGCAGCUCGCAUGGAGAGCCGCACAGGUUCCCGGCUCUACCCCAGAGAAAGGCACAGGACUCCCUCCGGAGUCCCAGAGCAGGAGAGCAGCAGCUCACUUUGGCUGGUACACACUCAGAAGGAGGCACCUGAAUGCUUCAGCGCAAGCAGAGGUUACAGUGGCUGCCACAGCACGGGGGUGCAGGAAACGGAGCGGCCUGGCUCGACAUUGAUGGACCUGUCCCAGCCCUCUUACGCCCAGGAGCCAGCCCACAGCCCGUCGCCCUCCAGCACCACACACCCAUGGGGCUCCCCAGGCCUCGGGGCCCUCUCAAACAUCUGCUUGUACAGCCAGGAGAGCAGGUCAGACCCCCACCUCAGCGGUGUGUACACCUGCAGCCUCGCCCUGUGCGGUCUGAAGGGCAGCGUCUGCCAGGAGGACCGGGCCUUCGCUGGGCCCUUCUUCAAAGCAGUAAAGAAGGAGGAGAGGGCGAAGGAGGAGGAUCAGCCUGGGGACGCGGAUGUCAAUGAGGGCAUCCUCUUCCACCCCGAAGAGAAACUGCAGCCCAAUGACUAUGAGUACAAGGAGGGGCGAGAUUACGCCAUCCUCCACCACAUCCAGAACGGCACCUAUGGGGAAGUGUACAGUGUACAGGACAAACGGACCAAAUUUACGUGUGCUGCCAAGAAGAUCCCCCUGAAGCAUUUCAGCAGUGAGGAAGUGGGCUCGUGGAGCGCCCUCAACUCUCCUCGCAUUCUGGAACUCUUCGGGGCGGUCCGGGAGGGCCCGCACGUCAUCCUCUUCAUGGAUCUCAAGUCAGGUUCUGUGGGACAGCUGCUGAGAGAGAGGGGCCGCCUGCCGGAGGACCUUGCCCUCCACUACCACUGCCAGGUCCUGGAGGCGCUAGAGCACCUGCAGAAGAGAUCCGUCCUACACCUGGACAUAAAGGCGGACAAUGUAUUGCUGUCUGAGGAUGGGAAGGACACCUUUCUGUCCGACUUUGGACACUCAGAGCGUCUGGAUCCAGGCAGAGACAGCACCAGUGUGUAUCCAGGGGAAGGGUUCCAGGGCACGGAGACCCACAUGGCACCAGAGGUGGUGAAAGGAGAGCCCCGUAGCACCAAAGCAGAUGUGUGGAGCAGCUGCUGCAUGUUACUACAUAUGCUCAAUGGUUGCCACCCCUGGACCCGCUAUUACACCUACCCACUGUGCCUCAAGAUUGCAACUGAGCCCCCACCUCUCAGGGAGAUCCCACCUGACUGCAGGCCCCACACAGCUGAUGUCAUCAAGGCGGGGCUACAAAAGGAUCCAAUCAAAAGAGCCUCAGCCACAGAGCUAAAGGAGAAGACGAUUACGGCUUUGAAAGAAGUUGGAGGACUCACCAGCCCGGUCAAAGGAGCCUAUCAGGAGCCAGCAAAAGCUGAGCCAAUGGAGAGCUAUGGCAUGCACUCCAGGGCCCUGCCCUCUCCGCCAGCCCCACUCCGCCCAGCCCCUCCUCCUACAGAUGAAAACACAAGGAGCCAGGGAGAGUUUGGGAGGCAGUGGGUGGGGCCCGGGAGUGAGCACUCCCAACUGGGAGAAGCUAAGGCUAAGGCUAAGGCUGAGGAGAUUGAUGCAGACUGCCUGCCCUCAUUUCCUGUGCCAUCACUGUCACCUGGGACUCCCAACUCCAGACACCAAGCUGGCAUCACCCGCUCAGUGUGGGAAGAGGAGGAGAAGCUGGAGAGAGAGUUCUACCUGAGCAGCCUGUCCCAUUUGCAUUCCCCGGAGCUCCUGCUGUCCUGCCUGAGCAGUGAUGGUCAUUUCCAGAGGGACCCUCAGGACAAGGACUCUGGCCACUGGUCUGUCAGCCACAGCGGUGACCUCAGCUCAGGGUUCUUCUCCUACAGCAGCCAGGCGGAUGCACACAGCUUCAGUCUGGACUGGCUGGGCCCCACCCACUUGCCACCGCCCAACUGCUUCAAAGGGGUGGAUGUGUACAUCCAGGACUUUGACGGCCAGUGUCUGCGAAUCCGGGAGGCCCCUGGAGUGAAGGUGGGGCACAUCGCCACGGGGAUUAGCAAUCAGAUCUCGGAGAGCUCCUUCAGCUUGGAGACGGAGGACGGCCGGCCGCUCUCCCACGACGAAGAGGUGUUGGACUCCGGGCUCCGGCUCCGAUGCUCCCCAACGCCCAAGGGCAGCCGCGCUUGGAUGUGGAGGGUCAGGGAGGGCAUGCUAGAGAUGCGGGAGCCUGCUGUUUAGUCGUCCAUUCAUCUGUCCGUACAGGGCCAUUAGCUACCCUCUUCCUCUCCCCCUUCCCCUUUUCUUAACCACAGGUGCCCUUCUGGGCUCUUCCAUGAUUGGUUUUAUAACAUUGCACCAAUGUUAUGCCAACCAUGUGUCUCAGCUGGUUCCCUGUGUGUUGACACCACUGCCACAGCCCCGGGGGGGGAGAUUCUGCUUUUAAAGGCAUAACUCAAGACAGCCCAAGAGAGCCAGAGCACUUAUUGAUGAGACUUGUGCCCAGGUUCAAUCUAACCACAGUGCGCAUUGGCAUGAAUGUUACAUGAAAUUAAGCUAGUGUUACACACCCAAGAAAGCCUUUACAUUUUGUUACAGUUUACUUAUACAGCAUCUGUUACGCACUGUAUUUCCACAGCUGCUUACCUAUCUUGUGAAAGUAACAAAGCAGUAACACUUGCUUAACUUCAACCCAAUCUUAACCACUUUGUGGUUAGACUGAAUCUGGACCUCAGUCUGUUGAAAGUCACAAAACUGUUUCUGUGUGUCAGAAUGAAUGCUUGAGAGGCUGGUGAGAGGAUACUCUGGUGCCGUGUUUUGGGGUGCAGGUUCUCCUCAUGUCUCACUGCAGCAGAAUGGAGCCACCUUCUC